AUGUCUGUGUCUAAGUUAUAUGAAAGAUCAAUGAAAAUGUUGCAAAUGGUAAUCCAUGAAGACGCCAAUAUUGAAAACAAAGGUGUAGAGCAGGCAAUAAAUGUGGAAAGUUGUACAGACGAUAGGUUCGUAGCCAGCCAGCAUGAGCCAGCAAAUGAAGUUUCUAAUCUAAAUAGCCGUCACCAUCAACCCCGCUUUCUAAAAAUAAUGCUUCGGAAGAAAAAAGAAGUUGACAAGAAAGAGAACGAAAUCCCGAGGCAUGGAGAAAAAUAA